UUAUUAUAUGAAUACAUGGAACCAGGACUUCAAUUGAUUGCAGGUGUCAUGGAACGAAAUAUGUCAAUGGCGAUAAGAAGCAGUGUUCAUCGAUUUUCAUCGCGUCACUAUAGUUAGCAGGCUAUAUUUGCGCCAGGAAAGAACAAAAGGAGCCACGUUAACAUAGAUGUACAUUUCCAUCUUGCAAUGUUCUUUCUAGAGGAUGGAGCAACCUUUUUGGGCGUGUCAAUGAAGCAUUUGUCGCUGCUCGUCCUUUUGCUGCAGAACAGUGUCCUGGUGUUAAUGAUGCGCUAUUCACGAGUCACGGUGGAUCCAGAUCAGCCUAUGUACCUCGCCUCAACAGCCGUCUUUCUCGCAGAGAUUAUCAAGCUGUUAACUUGCUUUUGGAUUCUUGUUUACAAGACAAAGUCCAUCUCCCAAACGGUUUACAUCGUCCGCAAAGAGAUUGUAGAGCAGCCACGCGAAAUUCUCAAGAUGCUGGUGCCCUCAGGACUAUACGCUCUACAGAACAAUCUCCUUUACAUCGCCCUUUCAAAUCUGGAGGCAGCAACUUUUCAAGUGACCUACCAGAUGAAAAUCCUCUCGACCGCCAUUUUCUCAGUAGUGAUGCUCAACAAACGGUUAACGCGGCAAAAGUGGUUCUCGCUAUGCCUCUUGAUGAUCGGCGUUACACUGGUGCAGCUGCAAAAUGUUGGGACCCCCAAGAGCCCGAUUGCGAUCGAUACUUCAAGGGACGAGGAGAACGAUUCAGAAAUCAUGGAACUGGCUUCAGACGACGUUUUGUUGGAGGAGGAUUCAAGUCAGAAUCCGAUCAUUGGAUUACUGGCAGUGCUGACUUCGUGCGUCUCUUCAGGAUUCGCAGGCUGUUAUUUCGAAAAGAUCCUCAAGGGCAGUGAGUCCGACAUGUGGGUCCGGAACCUUCAGCUCGGCAUCUCGGGGUCUAUGUUCAGUUUUUUGGCUAUGUUUUACGACAGGCAGAAAAUUUACGAGGCUGGUAUCUUCCAAGGUUAUUCUACAAUAACCUGGAUGGUUAUCACGAAUCAGGCACUUGGAGGACUCUUGGUUGCAAUCGUGGUCAAAUAUGCGGACAACAUCUUGAAGGGCUUUGCAACAUCGCUAUCGAUCAUUACCUCGGGCAUGAUCUCAGUCUACUUUCUCGACUUUGAGCCUUCUGUUCAGUUCCAGCUGGGAACACUAGUUGUGAUCUUAGCAACCUUCUUAUACGGUCGACCUGACGCGCCAAUUCCAAGGUUUAUCAGGCCACAGAAAAAGAGGCAAAGCAUGCCACCGCCCUUGAAAUUCGCAAUGUAAAGCUGGAGGAAUUUGUUUAGUUCGACAAUGCCGUGCGAUCGCUUACUUCCUCAAGGAGGCACCUUACACCUGCAUCGGACAUUUUGCUUGGGUCGCACACGAUGGCUUCUGAGUGAAUUAAGACAUUGCACUAACUCUGAUCUGCAGGAACAGAUCGUCCAAUACUCCACCCCACUCCACCCAGAAUGACUCGGUCAUCUUUGUACAGAUACUUGCUUCCUUUCUCCACGUGUAGUACCAAUAUCCUUAUAAUGAACAAAGAAAAAAGGAGCGAUUCAACAUACUCUAUUGCCAGUAUAUAAAAAACUAGUAUUG